AUGCCUUACUUCGCUACUCGUCAAUCAAAAGUUGGAUUUCCGAUCUUCUCAGGGGAGGAUUUGGCCGGCCGGAUUAUGAGCUGCGAUCACUUCUUCAGGUUGGAUCUAACACCGGAGGAGUCGAAGGUGCGACUAGCAGUGAUCAAUUUUGAAGGUCGCGCUCUCCAAUGGUUUCAAAAUUGGUCUAAGUACCAGGAUCAAGCUCUGGCGAUUCCGUGGGUGCUAUUUCUGCAGGCGCUGGAAGGGCGCUUCGGCGAUCGCCUACUUGGAGAUCCGAUGACUGAGCUACUAUCCUUGGAACAAACCGGUUCGUUCUCUGACUAUCAUGACAAAUUUGAACUGCUCUUAGGUCGCGUUUCUAUUCCUGAAUCGUAUGCCAUUAGUCACUUUGUUAAUGGAUUGCGUCCAUAUGUUCAAAAAGUUGUGCGACUUUUUAUGCCUCAAACUCUUGUGCAUGCCUAUGCUCUUGCUCGUCUGCAAGAUAUGUCUAAUGUAAGGGAAGGAUACUCUCAUAAUCCUAGGAAGUUUGGAGGAAAUGAAUUUAAAAUGGCAACUAAUGGCCCUAACACUUCUCCCCUGUUACCUACUCCUAUUGUGCCUAAUUUUAAGAGUAAGAGAUUACUGACUGAGGAGGAAAUGGCUGAGAGACGUGAUAAGGGGUUGUGCUAUGGUUGUAAUGAGAAAUUAGAGAGAGGUCAUAGGUGUGCGAGGAAAAUCUUAUAUUUGCUAGAGGUAGAUGAUGGUUUCAACAGAGAUGAGUCUCCUGAUGAUGUUGAGGAAAAUUAUGAGGAAAUUGAGGAACAGGAUAACCCUCUAAUAUCCAUUCAUGCUAUUAAUGGCACUGCUCCUAAUGGGUUUAGAACUAUGAGAGUCACUGGAAGAGUUGGAAAGAGAGCAGUGAAUAUCUUGAUUGAUUCUGGUAGUACACACAACUUCUUAGACUUGCAUUUGGCUAAGAAACUGGGAUUACAAUUAACUUCAGUUAGACCAGUGAUGGUGGAUGUGGCUGAUGGAAAUAGACUAGAGUGUGAUUCCAUGUGUAAGAGCUUAAAGUGGGUGCUGAGAAACACCACUUUCACUACAGAUGUGUUGCUCCUACCAUUAGGUAACUGUGAUAUGAUUCUGGGAGUUCAAUGGCUGGAAACCAUAGGCGCUAUCCACUGGGAUUUCAAGAACCUCAUCAUGGAAUUCAAACUGAUGGGAAAGAGGUUUGUGCUCAGAGGUGGUCAGAACCACUCAAAAAUUCAAUCUAUCAGUGAAAAGGAAAUGAAUAAAAUCAUCACCAAUUGCCCGGGGGCCCAACUGUGCUGCAUUCGAGUUACUGAGGAUGUUGCACCUGAGUUUCUGUCCCAAGAGAACAAUGAGACAGAUCAGCUAGUUUAUGGAGAUAUAAAGGAGUUUCUGGAGUCUCAAGAGAAGGUAUUUGCAGAGCCUACUUCUCUACCUCCCAUGAGAACUCAUAAUCAUCAAAUUGUGUUGAUUAAUGGUGCUUCACCUGUUAAUGGUAGGACAUAUCGCCCUACCACUUUACAGAAAAACUUUAUUGAACAAAUGGUGGUUGACUUGUUGAAACAAGAGUUUAUACAACUGAGUUGUAGUCCAUUCUCUUCCCCUGUGGUUCUUGUGAAGAAAAAAGAUGGCACAUGGAGAAUGUGCAUUGACUAUAGGAGAUUAAACAAGAUUAUAGUCAAAGAUAAAUAUCCAAUUCCAUUGAUUGAGGAAUUGAUGGAAGAGCUUCAUAGAGCUGCAAUUUUUUCAAAAAUAGACUUGAGGGCUGGCUACCACCAAAUCAGAAUGAGAACUGAGGAUAUCCAGAAGACAACCUUUAAGACUCAUGAUGAGCAUUAUGAGUUCACAAUCAUGCCCUUUGGACUUACCAACGCUCCUGCUACUUUUCAAAGUCUUAUGAAUGACAUAUUUCGACCUUAUCUGAGGAAGUUUGUACUUGUCUUGUUUGAUGACAUAUUAGUGUAUAGUGUUGAUGCAACUUCUCACUUGAACCACUUGAGACUGGUCUUUGAUAAACUCAGUGAGCAUUCUCUAUUUGCAAAGAGAAGUAAGUGUGAUUUUGCAAAGGAACAUGUUGGAUACCUUGGGCAUAUUAUUUCGAAGGCUGGGGUAGCUACUGAUCCCCAAGAAGCUUCAAGCUAUGCAAGAGUGGCCUGUGCCCACAGAUGUCACUAA